UUCUAUCACGUCGUUACACGGAUAGUAAGCUAACGGAUAAUGCAAGCCUAAAACUAACACAAACAACGCGUAUUGUUGGCUACGGGCGGCGCAGCGCGUGCAGGUUCGGCUGUUUGGCGCUACUCCUUCGUUAUUGGGAUUUACCUCCAUACAAUGCGACGCGCUCGUCACCACGAGGACACCGGGACUUGAUAACGGAGGCUAGCUAGCGUUAGCAUCAAGCGUGCUAAUUUGUGGCGUUCCGCAAGGCCUCGGUGAAAUACGAGAGUUGCUUCCUGCUGGGGCUCCAUUGAGAAUGUAGGUUGCACUUCGACUCGAGCACCAACACCACAAAGGUAUAUUUUAGAGCCAGUACAUCCGCGCAGACGAUUUGCAUUUAGAUUUAUUUCGUUAAGAGCUCGCGGGCUACCUAGCGUGUUUGCUAGCUAGCUAGCAUGAGUGAGCUGACGGACUGCAAACAGUCCGCUGACUCUGCAUCGAGGAAACGGUGUCCAGCAGCCGAGCGGGAUGAAGGCGGGAUUCCGGCCAAGUCCGCAAAAGUGAGUGACGAGUCAGAUGAAACGGGGGAAAUUAGCAAAAACAGUGAAGCCGAGAGUAAGGAGGCGUCUGGGAGCGAGAGCGAGGCUAAAGAAGGCGAGAAGGUGACAGCAGCUGUUCUACAGGCGGACCGCGGUUCAGACAGCGCCGAUGGCAGCAGCGCUCAGCCUGUCAACAGCUCCAGUGCUUCUGACGGGCCCGAUGCUACCGACACGGACAAACCGCAGCCGUCGCAUACGCAGAAAUCUGCCAAUGCAAAGGAGAAGGCAGCGGGCCCAGAGCAGCGUGUUCCUCCAACUCCCCUGGACCAGUCCGACUCUGCAGCCAUAGCAGCUGCUGAAGCACUCGCCAGUCUGACAGGAGGAGAUGGAGAAGACAGCCAAGAGACUCCUUGUUCAUCUGAGAAGGCUAAGCACGGGAAACAGGGGAGCAAAUUCAAGCAACGUGGGGGCCACCAGUCUGCAAGAGUAGGGUCCAAAACACAGGCUGCAGCUGCAGACAGCUCCACAUCUGUGCACAGCACUGACAGAGAAGAUGCAGACGACAUGCCUGAAGCAGAUGAAGGUGAUGAGUCCGUGUCUGGAUCUUCCUCCACACCGAGCUCCUCUUUCCCGUCAGACAAUGAGGACAAUGAUGAUGGGGAGUGUGCCAUCGUCUCAGUAAAAAUGGCCCCAGAGAUGAGGCAGUCUGUGGCCCUGUUAGCACAAGUACAGAUGAGACUGGAAGCUCUGGAGAAGAAAAGUGCCCGGCUUCACCAGCGGCUGGAGCUGAAGAUCAGCCGCCAGCGACGUCCACAUCUGGAUCAGAGGAGCUCAAUCACAAAAACCAUCCCCGGCUUUUGGGUGACAGCUCUGUUGAACCAUCCUCAUCUCUCAGCUCACAUUGACGAGACUGACGAAGACGCUCUUAGUUACAUGACAGAUCUGGAGAUUGAAUCUUUCAAGAAUAACAAAAUGGGCUACAGGAUCCGCUUCCACUUCAGACGAAACCCUUAUUUCCAGAACAACAUCAUCAUGAAGGAGCUGCAUCUUGGUAUGGGAGGCUCGCCGAUGUCUUUCUCCAACCCCAUCCUGUGGCACCGUGGACACAAUCUGACGGCCCUCAGCGAACCCAGGAAGUCGUCGCGGGGCGUUUACGAGACUUUUUUCCACUGGUUCGGUGACCACAGCAACCCAGGACAAGAUGAUGUAGCGCAGAUACUGAAGGAUGACCUGUACAGAGACCCACUCAGAUACUACCUCACUCCUCUCUGGGAACCGAGGGAGAACGGCAGUAGUGGGACCGGGGCCAGAGCGGCCGACAACGGCAACGGAGACGACUGCGUGGUGAUAUCCGAUUCCGAUGACGAACCCGGCGACGAGACCGGCGAGGCUGAACAAGGCCAAAGCAGGGAGGAGGAAGAGGGGGAUGAAGAGGAGGAGGACGACGAGGAAGAGGAGGCGGACCGAGCUCCAAGUGCAGAUGAGAGCCCAGAGGAGGAGGAUGAUGGUGGAGAAAUUGUGAUCGACGGUAAGACAUCACUCUCAACAGCAAGUGCUACAAAUGUGCCAUUAUUCCAGUUCAAUCACGGGUGGUCAGGGAACCUCUGGGGUCUUCCUCUUAUCCACACGUUCUGCUUCUGUUCCUUUUAUUUGUGGAUUCAGCUGGUUUAUGGAGUGAUUCUUUUUUUAUUUUUAUUUUUUGGGAGAGUUGAAACCAUUCCUUGUAAGCUCACAUCUGUUCGAUUAGGCUCUGAUGACAGCGACCAGGAGGAGGAAGAGGAAGAAGAGGAAGAGGAGGAGGAGGAGGUCUAAGAGGAAAGGAGGGAUGUAAAGGACGCGGGACGCUGAAGAAGUCAAGUCACCAUAGGGACCAGAGACGAGGAAGACGAAGAGGAUGGUUAGCUGACGAAGACCGGCAGAACAAACGCGGAAUUCUUCUUCCUGACGUUAGACAUUCUUAUGCACAGAAUUUUUUGUUUCUUUUCUAUCUAAAAUACACAAAAACAUUUAAAAUCAGGGUUAAAUGUAAUGAAAAAGCCAAGGCAGCAUGUUUCCCCUAUUUUAUACAGUCGGUACUGUGUGUUCUGAUGUACUCUGAUUUACCAUUUGCCAAAAAAUUAUUAUUUUUUUUUUGUUCCUGGGCAAAAACUGUCCAUCAAUCCUUCUGAGUGGUGUUCUUCCGGGUGAUGGGAACACUGGGAGGGACGGAGAAUAAACGGAAAAACCUGCAUAAAUGUAGGCGAGAUUCUGAUUGCUGCUCCUUUGUGGCAUUAAAGGUAUCGUUUCAAAUUCAUCCUUAAGAUGAAUAAACCCGAAGAGCUCUUAUUAAUAAUAAUAUAAAUAUAAUCAUUAUUAGUUGGCAUUCCAAAGUUCCGAGGUUUAAAAAAAGAAAGCUAAAUUUGAUGACAGUACACUGCAGACGUUCGGAGUACUGAACCAAAAUUUGUUCUCAGGGAUGAUCAUGGUGGGAUAGUUGUGAUGCAAGAACUUCACUGACUUUGGAAGACAUUUACACACUCUGGUUGUCGUCGGUUGUUUAUAAAGAAACGUGUACUCUACUGUAGUAAAUAGGAACCGUUCUUGUUUUAAUAGCCUUCCUGUGUUUCCUCCUCCUGUCUUGUUCCACGCCAGCCUUCACACCCCUGCUAUUGAUCUGUAACCCAUCUCCGAUGUUUGAAAUCAUUGUGCAACUUGGUCACCUUUUUUCUGUGAAUCUUACACUUUUGUAACACGCUCCGACAAUAAAUAGUGCUUUUUUUGUAUUUUCUUUGUCUUUUAACUUAAUUUGUUUGUUCUCGGAAAGAUUGCUUUGCUUUUGUUGUUUUGUUUUGUUUUGUUUUUUCCGGAUUUGUGUUCUCUUCUUCAGACUAUUGUAUUUAUUAUUAUUAUGUUAGUUUUCUAUGCGUCCAUCAUGGCAUGCCCGUGACCACGAAGCGUGCGGCAGGAUGAUUACUUACAAGACUGUAGAGGACAUAAUUUUGCUGUGCACAGUGUCGGUAAAUGCUAAAUUCACAGCGCCAUCAUUGGGUGCACUGUAAUAAAUCUAGUAUUUGUAUUUGCUUACUUUUCUUAGCAAUGAACCUUGUAAAUAAUACUUGAGUGUUGUCUUUUGGACAAGGCAAUACGUGUUUAAUCCAUGGAUGAAUUUAUCGGAUAAUCUGGAGUUUUUUCAUAAACAUGUUCAGAAAGUUAUAUUUUGUGUGCUGUGUUUUAUAGAACACUGUAGUUAGGGGGGAAAAAAAACUUGUUUUUGUUGCUUUAGUUGAUUUGGUUUGCUGAAAAAUAAAUGUCCACCUUUUGACUCAGA